ACCUUUUCUUAACCUGAUUCCACAGUUCCUCUUUUUAAUUUCUUACGUCCUUCAGCUGGCUGCCGCGAGCUGUGCUUGCAGAGUUUUCUAUCGUUCUGUGAACUUGCUUGCUUCAUUCUCUACUGAUCCUCAGCUGUGCUGAUUGCUGUUAAAAACCUGAACGGGUUCUCGACAAAAAUUACAACGGCUUUUGCUCACGAUGCAAUUCACUACUCUUGCUGUAUUUGCUCUUGCUGCUGUCGCAUCUGUGCACGGUGCACCAUUACACAAGCGUAUCGCGCAGGUCAUCUCUGACUCGACCCCUAAGUGGGAGCAAGCAUGUAAUGCUGCUGGUGGAGGUACUCAAUGCAACCAAGUUGCUGUCGCGUCCUUCAGCACUCUUCUCGCUGCCCCCGGUCCAUGCGCGCAGCAGAAUGCCGCGGACAACAUGGUUGACCUUGCAAAGACCCUCAACACCAACGCCGACAUGAUCAAGUUUGCUCAGAUCUUUGCCCAGCAGCCCCGUAACUCUCCCACAUCACAGAGUGUUCCAUACUGCCAGUCAGCUCCCCGCAACGCUGAGCUCAAUGGGCUCUUUCAGUGUCAGUUCCAGGGUGAUGACCCAAAGACCUUUGUCGGUGGCACUGCCGUUGGCGGUAACGGCACUAUUCCGUUCGGCAUGAGUGCACCAGUCAACCCGGCUGGUUCUUGCCUCGCAAACCCCUCCGGCCCCAUCGCUGAUGGCUCACAGCUCGUCGAUAUCACUCAGAGCCCCGGUGUCGGCGGCACAACUAGUUCUGAUACCACUACUGGUGGAAGUAAUAGCACCUCCACAGUAGCCACUCCUUCCGCCACUCCGUCUGGUUCUUCCGAUACUGACUGCGAAGAAGAUCCAACCGAGUCCACGUCUACCGCCUCGCUCACCAUGCCGGCUACUGCCGUUUCUGCAGCCACUCCGUCUGCAACUAGCGGAAACUUCAAGCUCACCAACGGCCAGAAUGCUCAGAAGCUCAACGCCCAAUUCGCCACGCUGACUGCUACCUCUCCCUGCACUGAGGGUACCAAUGCAUGCGUCAAUGGCGCUUUUGCUCAGUGCGUAGGGGGCCAGUACGUGACCCAAUCCUGUGGAUCGAGUCUCACUUGCGCUGCGCUUCCCCUCGUCAACUCUGCGGGAACGUCAAUCACCUGCACCACAAAUGCUGAUGCCUUGGCUCGCAUUGCGGCUACUGGUGCGCAGGGUGGCCUUACUGGAUCGGGAUAGUUUUGAAUACUGGCGUCAAGUUAGUGACUUGCGUUGUUAGUCGACGUUGUAUCUUUUUUCCCCGCUUUCAUUGAACUAUGCUAUAUCAACCGCUAUUGUGUAUUGUUAUGGAGAGGAAAGGAAGUAUGAUAAUGUACCGGCAGUGCUAGUCGCUGCAUACACUUGUUGUACACUAUAAUCUGUAAUCGAUGCAGGCAUGGUGAAAUGAAGAGGUGAAUUGUUCUGCUGAUGGAUAUCGACCAAAGAUUGUUCGGUAAAAUAAUUCUUGGACCAUAUCCACAGCAGCAGAUUUCGUAAGCAGUCAAAGUGAGCUUCUGUUUAGAAGUAUAGGACUGGGCAGAAUCUGAUAAGAUCUAAUGUUGCACAAUGGUCCGUGACGAGCGUCUGCAUGGACUGUGGUCACUGCCUG